AUGAGUUCAGCCCAUGAAGGAGAACUUCAUGAUAACCCAAUAAGCAAACUGACACAAAACAUAAGGGAAACAACUACUCAAAGCAGUGACAAUGAUAAGGACCGUGUCAGUGACCAUCCAGAUAUUAAUGCUGAAGAUAAGAAUACCAAUAAUAAAGAUACCCAAGAACAUAGUCAGCAGACAAGGGACUCCCAGCCUCAACAAACUACAUAUCUGAACCCCAAUUCCUUUUACCCCACUACUGUCCCUCCCUUUGAGCUUGAAUCUCAAUUAGAGAAGGCUAAGUUAAAGGACUCUAGCAAAUAUGAUAAUGUCACUACCAAUUACCCUUCCAUUUAUCACGAUUAUGAAUUUAAAGACCAGUUUUUAGUUACCCAUGAUAGUAAAUGGGGCCAAUUUGUUAAUAAUGUAGGUUCCAAUCCAACAUAUGUUCAUCAACAGCGAUAUAACGUAUUAGAUGUAGAAUCAUCUAGUUCAAAAUCUAAUUAUAAUGAAAAGGAGUCUAACACAGAGGAAGAAUUAGAAAGAUUGAGAGUGAGGAAAGAAGUGUUUCAAAACUUAAAUUCAGGUUGGGGUGGAGAACAACGCUUGAAUGCUCUUUACAACUUACCAGUUGAAGAAGAUUAUGAAUUUAAGGAUCAAAAUGAUAGGAAUGAGUGGGUACAAUACAUAUCCAAAAUGAAAAAAUUAUAUUAUGGACCACAAUCGAAGGAUAUGAAUUCUGACAUGGAGAUUUUAUCAACAACUUCACAGACAGCGGGCAAUCGUGAUGUCCAUCAUCAAGCUUGGCUAGAUGAACUUGAGCGGGAAAAGAAGAAAUGGCGUCAAUUAAGACAACGGAAACUACAACAAUGGAAACCUGGUUUCUUCCAACUUUUGUUUGCCAAUCAAUACUUACCACUAAGUUUUAGAAUAAUUAUUGGAAUUUUGUGUUGUGUUUCUCUUGGUCUAGCAACAAGAAUCUUUCAAAAUUCAGAGUCUCAUAGCAUCAGCCAAGUACAUGGAACAGUAUCUCAACAACCGAGUACUAUUAUGGCAAUUUGUGUAAACGCUAUUGCCAUCUUAUACAUCAUCUACAUUGCUAUCGAUGAAUUUACUGGCAAACCAUUGGGAUUGAGAGAUCCACUGGAUAAAAUGAAACUGAUCUUAUUAGAUUUGCUGUUUAUUAUUUUUUCUAGUGCAAAUUUGGCCCUAGCAUUCAAUACGAGGUUUGACAAGGAAUGGGUUUGUACAGGUAGCUCCAGAGACUCCGAUCAAUACCCUAAGAUUGCAUAUAUCUGCAGGAAGCAAGAAGCAUUAUCAGCAUUUUUAUUUGUAGCAUUAUUCAUGUGGGUCUUCACGUUUACAAUAAGUAUAAUAAGGGUUGUCGAAAAGGUAUCGUCAACAAACGCGAGAAAUUAA